AUAUCAAGUGAUCGUUGGGAUACCUUCGAUGCUGUUUAGAACUUCUAUCGUGGAACUGAAUCAAUUUGGGGUGACAGUUUUUGCAGAGGUGACAGAUACUCGAGUUACGUUCUCUGUCGGAAAUGCGGAGGUUGUUCUCAGCAAAGAGCUGGAGCAAUGUAUUAUUGGGGGUGCCACGAACGAAGAUCCGGUUUCCUUGGUGUUCCAUCUCUGGUGCUUUCCGGCGAUGGUGUAUGCUUCAGCUGUGUCAGACAUGGUGUGGUUGCUCGGCCAGUCCAACGGUUUACAUGUCAUGCUGAACUGCCCUGUUGGUGAACACGGCAACCGCAUGUUUUACAUUGGCUGAAGCCCGGAGGCAAUGAACAAACUCCUGCAAAUUCUUUU